AUCUGAAACAAUUUAUUAAACAAUAAGACAAUUUUGUGUUAAUUGUGUUGUUUUACUUUAUUUCGAUAUUUUUAUUAAAUCACAUACAAACACUUCUCUACUCUCUACAUAACAAAAAAAAAAAAAACAAAUAGACGAUGAAUUGGCAGGACUUAUUCAGGAGGCUGAAAAUAAAGCACCCGAAGAAUUAACAGAAGAAGACAAAAUGGCUCUACUGGGACGUCCCAAAAAUGGUGAUAUUGUACGCGCACAAUUGCGUAUUAAAGAAAGUAAAGAAUUUAAGAAUACUGUAGACAAACUGGUACAAAGAGCCAAUGCUUCCUUAGUAAUUGGUACAUCCUCAUGGAAGGAGCAAUUUAUUGAAGCACUUACAGUGAAUCCCGGCGAUGAUGAUGGUGGUGAAGAGGGUGAUGAAGAAGGCGUGGCAUCAACACCAUCCUGUUUCGAUUACGUAAUGCAUUUCUUAACAUUAUUCUGGAAAAUCUUAUUUGCAUUCAUCCCACCAACAGAUAUUGCCGGCGGUUAUUUAUGUUUCGUUGUAUCGAUAUUUUGCAUUGGUGUGGUCACCGCUGUUAUUGGUGAUAUUGCCUCAUAUUUCGGUUGUACGUUGGGCGUUAAAGAUGCCGUCACUGCCAUUUGUUUUGUUGCUUUGGGUACAAGUAUACCAGAUACAUUUGCCAGUAAAGUAGCUGCCAUACAAGAUAAAUACGCUGAUGCUAGUGUGGGUAAUGUAACCGGUAGUAAUGCUGUAAAUGUCUUCCUUGGCAUUGGUGUUGCGUGGUCUUUAGCUGCCAUUGUGCAUGAAGCAAAGGGCACCGUCUAUGCUGUAGAACCAGGAACUAUUGCCUUUUCUGUAACACUUUUCUGUUCGGAAGCUUUAAUUGCCAUUCUAAUAUUGUUGCUGAGACGUAGUAAAAAAGUGGGCGGUGAAUUGGGUGGUCCCAGAAACAUCAAAAUUGUUAGCAGUAUUAUAUUGUUCAGCUUAUGGGUCAUUUAUUUGCUGGUAAGCACAUUGGAAGCAUAUGGAGUCAUUCAUGGAUUCUAAACAACAGCAACAAUAGCAACAUCUCUUAAAUAAACAACACCCCAGCAUCUUAUAACUAACAUCAGCAUCAAUAAUAGCAGAAAUAGAAAAAAAUAUUGUGAAACUAAAACGUGAAUUAACAUCAAUGAAAAAAAACCAGCAUUACUAUUUGUAACAACUUUUUUUAUAUAUAUAUAAACAUAAUAAUAUACAUUUCACUACUAUUACAUACAACAAAAACAAAAAUUGAGAAUAUAUACUAAAAACUAGUAAAACAUUUAAAACAUAAAAAACAAAAACAAAAAACACAAGCUAACUUAACUUAACUACUAUUACUUAGAGUUACUUAAUGUUAGAUUUUUAACUAAAUACUAAAUUUUGAGUCUAAAACUAAAAGAACCAAAAACCAAAACAAAAACAUUUUCUUUUUUAUAAAUUUUUCUUAAGUCCAAACCAAAAAAAAAAACCAACAACAAAUCAAAUAAUAUCUAUCAACUGUAAUCGAGUCACACAGAAUUUAGAUUAAUAUUAAACUGUUAUAAAAAUAAGAUAAAAAUAAUUAGCAAAGCUAAAACGGAGAAACUUUAAAAUUAUCUUAAUUCUAGCUUAAAAUUUUGUAAAAGAAAAAAUAAGCAACAUUUAAUACAAGGAGUUUAUAAAAGUUUAGCAACUUUUUUAAUGUUGCUAGAUUUUAAGCAACAUUUUAGGGAAUGAAUUUAAAGCGAGAAAUUAAUACAACAAAUAGAAAACUAUGUUAAUUUUUGGGGUACAAUUUAAACAUUGAAACAUUGAAAUUUUUGCAACAUUAUAAUUGGAUAGUUUUGCAACAAGUUCUAGAAUUCUGUAUUUUAUAUAAAGUUUCAUUUAUCAAAGGUUUAUAGAACAAAUUUUGUAUGAAAAUUUGGUUUAUAAACCUUUGAUAGAAGACCCUAAAUAUUCUUAAAAAAAAUUAAUGAUCCAUUGCUAAUUUUGAUAAAAAUUGUAAACAUGUUGCUGCAACAAGUAAAUGUUAAACUAUUUAGAAGCCUCGAAAACUAUUUGUUUGCAUCUACAUAUUUUUGUUUUAGUAGCAAUUUUGUUUGGCAACAUUUAAGAUAGAGAAUUAAGGAACAACUUCUCAUUUUAACUUUAAUAGUCAAAUGUUAUAAACAUGUUGAUAGCAACAUAUAAAAGACAUGAAAUAAUUGAAAAAAGAUAUAAUCGAUUUCGUAUCAUAUAUAUUUUUCUAUAAAAAAAAAAAAAAACAUUCUAAACAUGUUGACAACAACACGAUAGAUAAUUGUAGAGAAAUAAGAUUAGAUCUCAACAUCAGAAUCCAUAUUAAUUGUUCAAAUUUCUGACUUUUUUGUCUUUAAUUUUCAACAAAAUUUUCUUAUGAUUGUUCUGCUUUUAAUUGCCAGUUGUCAGGUUUUGGCCAGUAUUUAGCAACAGUUUAUUAAUAAUUAAUUUGUUUAAGAAAACUAUAUUAAAAAAACACAUUGUACACAUGUUGCUAGCAACAUUUCAGAAUAGAGUUAAAACGUAAAAAAUUAAAACUCUGUAAAUUUGUUUGUAAACAUUUAUGUUACAAAUGUUGCAGUUUUAUAACAACAUUUUUGAGCAACAUUUGCAACAAAUCAUAGUAGUCAGCUCAAUGUUGUGAGAACAUUCAAGGAUUCAAUAAGCUACUUCGGUUUUCUACAUUUCGAUUCUUAUAAAAAUGUUUCAAAAGUGUUAGAAACGUUUUGAACAUGAAUCUAAUAAAGUUUAAAUUAAAACAAAGUUGCUAAAAAAAGAGUAUAUUUAAGCAGAUAACAAAAUUAACAAAUAUUUAAAACACCUUUAGAUGUAAUAGUCGAACUAUUAAACUGCGUUUAAAUCAGUAAAACACCAAUUCAUACUUUGUAUAAUUAAAGAAAAAAGUUGCUAAACAUUGUAAAUUUAAAGUGUUUAAACUUUAUAUAAAGUAUAAACUUAUUUUAAAAUCUAAUAUUUAGAACCAAAUAUUAUAAAACAUUAGUUUAUGUUUUUAAAGAAGGAGAGUAAGCUUCUGCCUAAACAAGCAACAUUUAAAAUGUUGCUAAACCAAACCCAUAAACAUACUCAUAAUUAAACUCCUGGUAUUAAAGCCUACAACUAAAACAAUUCUUUCCAAACAAACCUAAAUUGUCACGCUCUGUUUUUAUAAAAAUUAAACCAAGAAAAAAACAUGUAAAGAAAUGUCAAAGAAAUUGUGUAUAGUAAAUAAUUUAGCUAAAAAUCUCUUAUCAUUCUGCUAAAAACCAAAA